CAGAGUUGAAAACUUUUGUUAACGGUCCCUUCCUCGUGUCACGUGGCUCUCGACACUCUCGUAAAUAAAACUGUGCCAAAUCACAAAUAAACACGGAGAAUUUGAAUUUUCAGAAAUCCGAAUGUUGGUCUAAGCUGUAUACUGUACUGUAAUGUAAAGAAUUAUUUAACAGAACAAGUAACUUCUGAUCAGACAUCAGUCAGCCAGAAGAGACUCCUACGUAAGCUUGUAUAAACUAAUUACUCUCGAGCGUAGUGUUCGAUCUUUGGAGAAAAUGGUACCGUUCGUCAUCCUCUUCCUACAAGCUUCCCUACCUAUUAUAUCAAGCCAACCAGUUCGACUUUGUGUUCUGGAGAAGAACAUACAAUCUUGCCUGUCCAUGUCCCAAGAAAUGCCAAACUAUGUUUUAUGUGUUGAAGGACGAGACAAGUUGGGCUGCAUGAACAUUAUACUAGACGGUAAAGCUGACCUGGUCAACAUUGGACCAGAAGAAAUUUACGUAGGAGGAAGGCAUUUUAACCUCGUUCCUAUAGCUAUGGAAGCAACGGCGUAUGAAGUGCCCUAUAACUACCGUGCUACAGCUGUUGUGAAGAAAGGUUUAGGACUCAGAAAUUUAGCGGAUCUUCGUCGUAAGAGGUCGUGUCAUGGGUCGUUUAAUGACGUAGCUGGGUGGCACGUUCCAGUCAGCGCCCUCUUGAGGAGAAGAAUACUCACACCCGAUUGUAGGAGUGAUCUUCACUCCGUGGAAAGUUUCUUCGCGAAGAGCUGCAUUGGAGGAAGCUGGUCUCCGGACCCUGUUUUGGAAGAAAGGCUCAAACAGCGCCAUCCACAACUUUGCAAUGGCUGCGGAAAGGAAACUUCUUGUUCAGAUAAAAGAUACUCUGGCCACGAGGGUGCGCUUCAAUGUCUUGUGAAUAGUGUAAAUGACAUUGCUUUCACAACUGUAGAAGCAACUCAGAAGUUCUUUCAAAAUCGAAAAACCUUGGCAAAUAAAUACGAAUAUCUGUGUUUAAAUACAACCACAGACCAAAUAUUAAACCCUAAGCCGUGUUACUGGGCUCGGAUUCCAUCUAAUGCUUUCGUAGGAAUACCAACAUCAGACGGAGAAAAAAAUCGCUUAGUUCGAAUCCUCCAGCAGAUCUUUACUCGUUAUACGAUCCUCCGAAGACCACCUUGGGGGCACGAGGCGUUUGUGUCCAGUGAAAAUGUGACCAACAUUGUUCCCGUUCCUUCAACAAUGGCCACGUGGAAUGAUUAUUUAGGUUCAAAUUUUCUAAAUACCAUUGAAAAAGAAAAUCGUGGGUGCGAAGAAAAUGCGGUAAGGAUCUGUGUCACUUCCUCGGUUGCCUACAAGAAAUGUAAGGAUUUUGGAAAAGCAGCUCUCGCCUGGAGACUGAAACCUGAAAUACGAUGCAUCAAUCAGGUUUCUGAAGCUGAUUGUAUGGAAGCAGUAAAGUCACGUGACGCUGAUGUAAUAAUUUUGGAUAGUGGCGACAUCUACCGUGCAGGCAGGUACUACGGACUCAAGCCCGUCGUGGGCGAAAGGUACAACGAUAGUGAUAUUUCUUCAUGGGCUGUGGCGGUCGUUCGAAGAGGAUCAAACAUUAAAAGACUCAGUGAAUUAAAAGGAAGACAGUCGUGCCAUAAAGAAAUGAUGGACACAUCUGGUUGGGCUGCUCCAGUAUCCCGGCUGAUGGACGCCAGGCUUGUGACGUCACACAUUUGCGACGCGACGUCCUCUAUAGCCGAGUUUUUCUCGGCAAGUUGCGUUCCCGGUGCAGCAGAUCGUAAGUUAAACGCUAACGCUACUGGCGCUGAUGUACUGUGUCGUCUAUGUAAGGGAAACCAAGAUGGCCAGCAUGUCUGCGCACCAAACGAAGAAGAACGUUACUAUGGCAACGAUGGUGCUUUUCGAUGUUUAGUCGAAGGAAGGGGAGACGUAGCAUUUUUAAAUCACGAAAUGCUAGAAAAGUUUUAUAAUAAUGAAGUCAGGGGUGAAAAGGUCAGUCAGCUGCGGACAGAGGAUUUACAACUCCUCUGUCCCAAUGGUGGUCAAGCCCGAAUUGAAGAUUACAAAUUUUGUCACUUGGUGGCUAUUCCUGCAAAGCACGUUAUGAUGUCAAACGCCGUGUCCGAGAAGGAGAGAGCGAAUGCUGUCGAGCUAUUGGUGAAUGCUGGUCACGUGUUUGGACCCGAGGCGUCCACGUUUCGAAUGUUUGGAAGCUACCAGAACACCUCAGACUUGCUGUUUUCAGACUCUGCGACGAGGCUGGAGCCAUUGCCUGAUUAUGUACGUUAUCGAGACGUUUUGGGAGAAGAGUUUCUGCACGUGAUGGAAACUGUUGACAUGACAACCUGCGAAACUUCCGCCGCGAGAGUCAUCACUAAAAGUGCCCCGAGCCUCCUGCUGGCGUUGCUGUGUGUGACCUUCUGCUGAAGUUGGGUUUUUAAAAACAGGCAUCAUUAUUCUGUGUUAACCUAAAUGUUACCUGGGGGCUGGAUAUCAUAAAUAGUAAGCAAAGUGCCAAGAAAAGGAAAUAUUUGAAACAAAAAAGUUUGAAUUAUGUGAAACAAUAUUGACGAUUUUUUUUUUAACUUUUUAUUUCAAAAAUUGGAUUAUCCAGCUUCCCAUUAACCAACAUUACUGUCAGCACGCAGUAAGUAAAGCUCUAAAACUUCACUUUUUUUUUUUACAACAGGUUACAUCACUACUGUUCGAAACAACCAAUCGUAUUACAAUGACAACUUGUGACAACCAAUCAUAUUUCAGUAUGACUGUAUUGAAAACCAAUCAUAUUACGUCUUGGGUAAUUUGGCACAACCAAUCAUAUUCCGUUAUGACUUUGCUACAACUAAUUAUAUCACAUCGUAUUAAUGACGACUGUUUGACAACUAUUCAUAUUACUUACAUAAAUACGCAAAACUGGAUCUUAUCUUAAGCCUAAGGUGUUUUCGUGUACAAUACUCGUUAGGGCCUUCAGCAAGACUUUAGAACUGACCAAGGAACAAAACAAAACAUGCAUGAUGACAAGUUAAGCGGAUGCAUCAAAAAAAUAUUUUUUUUACUUAAAGAAAAAAAAAA